AGAACGUGGUACCAUUACCAGUGGUCUCAUUGACUACAAGAAAUGUAUACGCAUUUAUUAUAAUAGAAAUUCAAAAUUAUUUGUGGCUGUGAUAAUAAUUAAGUAACAAAAGUGAAUUAUAAAAUAAUUAAGACAAUUUUAGGAAAAAAUCUGAAAUUUAAAAACAAAAUAGCAACGGAACUUCUGAAAUGGGCUUCGACUUUUCGAGAAGACAGUGGUUGACCAUCAUAGUUAUUUCAAUAGCUGAUUUUUGCAACGCCAUCUGUGUGGCACUUCAAGCUCCUUUUUAUCCUUUAGAGGCAGAAAGAAAGGGCUGCACUGCAACAGAAUAUGGCUUGGUCUUUGGCGUGUUUGAGCUGGUGGUGUUCCUGGUCAGCCCGAUUUACGGGGCCCAUCUCAACAGGCUGGGGCCCAAGCUGCUGUUCAAUGGGGGCAUCCUCACCACUGGGACAUGCGCCAUUCUCUUUGGACUUCUAGAUAAGGUGGAAGGCCAUGUGCCGUUCAUAGCGCUGAGUUUCCUGAUACGCAUCAUAGAAGCCAUGGGCAACGCUGCAUUCCUUACAGCUUCCUUCGCCAUCAUAGCCAAAGAGUUCCCCAACAAUGUUGCCAGCAUGUUUGCAUCACUAGAAACGUUCUUCGGGCUGGGUUUAAUCGUGGGUCCCAUGCUGGGUGGGACCCUAUACUCGUUCGGGGGGUACACGCUGCCCUUCGCCGUGCUGGGCUCUGCGCUAUUCUGUGCUGCCGUCAUGAGCUGCAUCGUGCUGCCGAGGUCACAUGACGAUGAGGACGUGAGGCCUACUGGACCAACAAUGUGGAACUUAUUGAGGAUUCCUGGCGUGCUGCUAUCUGCAUUCAGCAUCAUGGCCACCAGUUUGAGCAUCAGCUUCCUGCAGGCGACCCUUGAGCCACAUUUGAGACAGUUCCAAUUCUCUCCUAUAAUCCUGGGGCUGAUGUUUGUCAUCAACGGUGGGGUAUACGCCAUCUCUGCCCCAGCCUGGGGAUGGCUGUGCGACCGCCCCACCAUCAAGCAGAAAUACGUCACUGUGAUCGGCUGCGUGUGUAUCUCAGCGGGCUUCCUCCUCAUUGGUCCAGCGCCCUUCUUAAAUAUACCAACGUUAAAGUGGGUAAUCAUCACUGGGCUGGUGCUGCAUGGUCUCGGCAUGGGGAGCCAGCUCGUCGCCUCGUUCUCCGAUGCACUCAGCACGGCUAUCGCCAGUGGGCUUCCAAACUCGAUAGAGACUUACGGGCUGGUGUCAGCGAUGUGGACUUCCACCUUCGCCCUGGGAGCCUUCAUCGGGCCCACCGUGUCCGGGGUGCUGUUUGACAGUAUCGGCUUCGCCAGUUCUACUGUGUUCAUUUUCCUACUGCAUCUCGUCGUGAUGCUAGUAGUCCUGAUCUUCUUGUGGUCCUGCGAGCGAGCAUCCAAGAUGGACGUGUCGGUAUCAGCUGGAGACUUACUCCAACUGGAUGGAACCCUGGAUGAGAGUGUUCUCAUGGGCGAUAAAUAUAACCCUCCAAUGAGGGUCAAGAGUAACCGCUGCGGCAUCAGCGUGGGCCAGGCUCGACCUCCAGCCAUGAACAGCCUCAUAGCGUGUUCCAGCUACAAAAACAGGAGGAGCCCCUGGAGUCAGCGCAUGCCCAAAUACAGGCCCACAUACGGCAGUCUCGACAAUAGAUUCAGGGGAGUGUACGGCACGUAGUGAUAACUAAAUUUGUUAGUAUAGUCUGUAUUUUAGGUAAUGUAAACAAAAAAACGGAAGUCGUUAGCAUUUAGCGAGGUGGAAAAUAAAUCCCAUCUAAUGUAUAUAAUUAUAAGGGCGUAAGGAAGUUUAUUCGUGUGUUCUCUUCACGCGUUAUCUUCUGAACUAAUCUUCUUGAAACUUUGCGAAAGUAUAAAUGAUUAAGAAUCUGGAGAAGGAUAAAGGGUAUUUCUUCUCCCGAUUGAAACUAUAGUUUCUGUGGAAUUUGCGAAAAUCCUGUAUUAUUUUGUAGGUGGCGCUAAAUUCGUCGCUUUUUUAAAGGUAGCUGGCGAAGCUGCUGUUAAAAGCUAGUAAAUAAUAAUAGGGACAAAUUACAGACAUUGAGUAUGCCUCAAAGUAAGCGAGACUACGUCAAGUCUAUUAGUAAGCAAUAGUAUGCCAAUAUGGUGCCGAAAGAUUCUCAGUGGAAUAUCUUUUUACAUUUUGUGUCACAAUCAAAAGUUAGCAUUUCCGUCCUUAUUCCCAAAAUCCCUCCCAAAUUAACAGAGAAUGUAUAUCUUUGUAACUUCCAAUAAAUGCAUUUUGAUUAUAGUAAAAUUUUCCUACUGGUCAAUUUAUAUGGAUAGGUAAUA